UUCUGUUUUCUGGGUUGUAGCUUUCAUGGCAUUUAAGAAUUAAAUGGUUGCUUCUUUGAAUCUGUUUUGAUUCUGUAAUGAGCUCUGAUUGUGUUCCUUAAACACCGUUAUUCAGCUUUUCACAUAUGACCUGCUCAUUUGGAUCACUUCAUAUUAAAAUCUGAAACUUUGCAUCCGUUUGAUUGAGAUAACAUGUUGGCGGUGAGGAACCUCGAGAAGGGCACUAACUGAACUGGGCAAAGAUAUAAACUUUCUCAUUCUAAUCACCAAUUGGACAAUUUGAAUAGCGUUUCUGCUUUGUUUGGAUUCUUUAGGGUGGCCAAAUAGAGCAAGAGAGAUAGAGGUGCUUCGCAAUGGGGAAACAAUCUGAAAAGUUUUCUGCGGAUUUUGUAAUGGGAGGAAUGGCUGCAUUGGUAGCGAAGACCGCAGCAGCACCUAUUGAAAGAGUAAAGCUUUUGUUGCAAAAUCAAGGGGAGAUGAUAAAGAGAGGACAACUCAAUAGACCUUAUAAGGGUGUUGGUGAUGGCUUUAGGAGGGUUUUUAAGGAAGAAGGCAUGUUGGCCUUUUGGAGAGGGAACCAGGCCAAUGUUAUUCGAUAUUUUCCUACUCAGGCUUUCAACUUUGCAUUUAAAGGUUACUUCAAAAGCAUUUUUGGCCGCUCAAAAGAGAAAGAUGGAUACAUAAAGUGGUUUGCUGGAAAUGUGGCUUCAGGAAGUGCUGCUGGAGCAACAACUUCAUUAUUUCUAUAUCAUCUGGAUUAUGCACGUACACGGCUAGGCACUGAUGCAAGGCAGGGCGGAGUUAAUGGUCGACAACAAUUCAGAGGGAUUGUAGAUGUUUACCGCAAAACUUUGUCAAGUGAUGGAUUGGUGGGUCUCUAUCGAGGGUUUGGGGUUUCCAUCAUUGGAAUUACUCUGUACCGAGGCAUGUACUUUGGGAUUUAUGACACCUUGAAGCCUAUUGUUUUGGUUGGACCUUUAGAGGGAAAUUUUUUUGCUAGUUUCUUUCUUGGUUGGAGUGUCACAACAGUCUCUGGGAUCUGUGCCUAUCCAUUUGAUACUCUUCGGAGGAGAAUGAUGCUAACCUCAGGACACAGCACAAAGUAUCGCAAUGGCUUACAUGCAUUUCGGGAGAUUGUAUACCUUGAGGGUUUCACAACACUAUUCCGAGGAGUUACUGCAAAUAUGCUUGUAGGGGUUGCUGGGGCUGGGGUACUAGCAGGAUAUGAUCAGCUGCAACGACUUGCAUACAAACACGGUUAUUCUGAUGAGCCAAAUCAAAGAGUUGUGAAGUGAUAAUACGGACCUGGCAUAUUUUAGGGCACGAUAAAGAAUAUUCAAGUGAAGCAAACGUCGGGGUACAGAGUACAGACACAAUUACUCUUGAGCCACAACAGAGUUUUGAAGUGGAUGCCUGAUCAUGAGAUGUGUAUACCAGGUUACCUCUUCUAUUGAGAACGAAAGAAAAGGAAAUACGAAAAUAAUUGAACCUGCAUGACUAAGAAAGGUUGUUCACCAAUUGGCACUGCUUCUUCCUGGAAUGUCUAAAGGCUUACUGAUAUAUUCUUUGUACAGUUGACCGAGUAUAUUCAAUUAUUCAAUGUUUUGUAUUUGAAUUAUAUCUUCAUAGCUGAUUUAUAGUCCUCACUGUACUCCUGAGUGAGGAUGGAAUAUGCAAGAUGUACUGAGAAUAUGAUUUUGCUUCAGAAAAUUCCCAACCCAGUGAGGGUUAGGUGAGUGACUUGCUACAAGUGAUGGUUAAUGCCAGCAUGCAAUACAA